AUGAUUACAGGAUUCCUAUUCAAGCCCUCGGCUUCAGAUCUCCACCUCAACUAUGCCUUCUACGACUUCUCAGGCACACUACGCCUGCCCAAGAAGCUGCGGUGUAUGAAGCGGUUCUUCAGCAAGCGUGGACAAGACAAGGCGGCCGCCGUGGACGACGCAAACAACAGCCACAUUCCGCACUUGGUGCGCAAGAAACGGCAGAAGAAGAAGAGGAAGAGCAACGCAACGCGUACCAGCCGGCCCUUCACGCGCGCCUUUGUCCUCGAGGACUUUAGCAACCCGGCUCUCCCGCGCGUGCUACUGCACCCGCCCACGCCCGCCGACAACAAGUUCAAUCUCGAAGACUACUUGUUCGAGCGCUGCGGCUCCGUCUUUGUCCUGCGCGAGCCCCAGUCCCAACCUGAAGUCCACGCCGCCCCGGGCGACUGGUGGCUCGCGGAUUAUCUGCAGGUGCCUCCUGAGUACAGGGAGGUGGCGAUUGACGUGUAUGAGAGCCCUGAAAAAGACGAUGUCGAGAAGGGACUGCUGGAGAAUGAGGAGGUGCAUAGUGUGUAUCUGGAUGAGGACUGCGAGGCGGAUUACCGCGCCUACAUGGAUGGGCUAUAUGAAUUAAUAUGAGCUUGUUCAUACAUACAUACUUGGUUUUGGCGGGUUUGUGGCCGAAACCACUGUUCUUUUCCUUUGUAUAACGAUAUGUGCUGUUUUCGGGGCGAGAUAUCUGGGAUGGCGGGACUUACUUACUCUAUUAAUUUCUUUUGUUCCUUGUGGAAAAUACUGAAUUCUU